CUACGGAGGGAGGUGGAGCUGUAUAUGGAUGGCGUGAAGGCUUUCAUUACCGCAGGAAAACUGCGGUCCUACUUUACGCGAUUUGGAGAGGUUUGUGAAGUUUCACUGUUCUGGAAACCGUUAAGCCGCGGUCACUGUGGAUGCGGCUAUAUAACCUUGCGUCUGGCGUGCGAUGUGACCGCAAUCCUCCACACAAAGCACACUAUCCGGUAUGCUUGCAUUAACGUUAAGGAGUCUAUCGUAGGCGCCAAACAGCCAAAUAAGCCAGCAAGCGCCGGGGCAGUGAAUCACAUGCCACAGUGCGCAGAACAACCACGGAAGGCCUUGCAGGUUUAUCUGGAUGGUGUGAAAGCAAGCGUCACUGUGGAAGCACUGCGGACCUACUUUGCGCAGUUUGGAGAGGUUUUGGAUGUGGUCAUUCCCCUGCAUCUGUCAACGAGGUGCCGGAUUCACAUGAGUCCUGAAAUUCUAAAGGCCUACUUUUCGAAGUUUGGACGCGUAAUCAACAUUUACCGGGUCAUGUCUGCCAAUGAUCGUCAAAAUCUUUGCUUUGGCUUCCUCGCUUUCGAUGAAGACUCAAAUGUAAAAGGUCUUUCGUUGAAUAAAUGGCACAGCAUAGACGGUGCGUUGGUCGAAGUAAGAAAAUAA